GGUACUCAUGCACUCACCCGACCCCGGACGAAACUUCGGCACGAAGGGCGACAUCGAGGAUAGCCCGCCUCUGCGGGCGACAUCAUUUGCCUCCCUGUUAGGAAGCAUGCAGAACAUCUUCCAGCCCGCUAUCCGCUCGCUCGCCUUCAAGCGCACUGACGAGCUCUUCGCUCGAGAACAGGACGCGAGCCUAGAGCACGAUCGGUCGAGCCUGCGUGAUGCGAUGGCCAAGGCGGAGGCUACAGUCACCGAGCAGGGAACGCGUCUUCGAUCGAUAUCCACGGACAUGGCGACAGUGAAGACCGAUGCUCUGUCUCUGCGGGAUGGCAGUGGAACCCGUGGUCUCACAGACGUAGACGACCCGUUUCGGGGUUCUUCGAUACCGAGGAGCCCGUUACUUGGAGAGUCGACGCGGCCGCGACUGUCGCUGGGGUCAUUUGACGAGACGGUGGUUUCGUCGACUGCGUACGAUGACUCCGUGAUGGGGUCUUGUAUGUCGCCCUCCUCGGAUGGAUCGGCCACGUCCGUUCCGUCAUUCUGCAUCACGUCUCCUGCGUACCCCGAGCCAACUCCUACUCGCCGGCGCGUGUCUUCGUUGUCGGCAAAGCGCAGCCUCUUCUCGAUCAACGAGGACCUGCUUCGAAACAUGGUGGAGUCUAUCGUUGACGAGCGGUUUUCCGAGCACGAGAAAGGAUUCCGACAACGUCAACAAGUCCGACGCGACGAGAUGUACGCCGACGUCGUCGGGUGGGCAAUCAAGCUCGAAUCCGAGCAGCGGAAAAUCGUGGAUCGAGUCGCGUCGGAGGUCGAAGAAGCUCGGAAGCAGGUAUCCGAGCUUGCCGCGUCCGUCAGGCAGAACGUCAGCGGAGACCGAGGAGACACCCCUCCCCCUUGUUCAGUGAUCUACUCCAUGUCUUUGACUCCGUCUGAGUCGACAGCUACGGUGAAAUCACGCGACCACCUUGGCGAUGCUGGCCAUAUUCCCGCCAAGGGCCGUCGCAAAACUGAAAUAGGCGCGAAAGUGAUUAAGCCUACAACUGCCAACCCAGUUCGCCUUCGCGCGACGAACAAAGGCGGGGCUCACGGGGGAAAGCCUCUUUUAAAACCAUCUGCACCUCGUACGAAACCGGCUAUAAAGACCAGCAUACAUCCGGCUCAGAGUCAUAAUGCCAAACUCAGGAAAGAAACAAAUUUGCGCCCUAAGGUCCAAGAGCAGAAUGACUCCAUUGCGAAGGCAUCGGACGCUAAUCCAGCCAAUCACGGCUGUCUCUCUCAGACCCGGAUUCCCGAGCCAUCGAAGGGUGUUCCGUCUGCUACGUGCUCUGCGCAUAGGCGUCGACCUGGAAGCCAGGAGUUGUCAUGUAUGUUUUUACGCUGAGCGUAAUCUCGGUGCAGUCGUCGCUCACCAAAGCUACAGUUAUGUCAGUUGCAUCAUCGCGUUCUUGU